GGAUCACACUUCUGCGCCAGCCUUCGUAAAGAGUAGAUGUCUCGCUCUACCUCUGCCUGGAGCAUCUCUUAGGAAUUUCAAUUAUUUUCUUCCCGGAAAGCUUGUCCUCAUCAUAAGCAACUGGGCAAUUGGUCGGGACGAUACGAAUAACCUUCGGAGAAAUCUGUUGUUGUUGACUCAGCCAGAGACAAGAUGGAUGAGAAAGUGGCCAUCAAGAAGAACGAAGUCAUGGAUGGUGGAAAUGAUACCGAACUGGAAAAACAUAAAUCUCUUCUGUUAGCACAACUUGAUACUGUCUUAGGAUUGUCACACAGUUCAUGUGAUGCAGUGUAUGCUAGUGAGAAGAGCACGGCAAAACAGAUGUGUGUUGAGGAUAAACCUAAUUCUAGUUUAGAUGUUGGUGUCCAGCAGAAAGAUAAAUUAGCUAAUCUAACUCAUUGUUUCGAUGCAAUAUCUUCAUUACCAGCUGAGCAAGAUGCACAAAAUGCUGAAGGAAAUCUUAAAAAAAUAAUUGCAGAAGAGAAAAAAUUCUCAGGUUGUGCUAUGGAAUAUAAUGGAGUAUAUGAAACAAGUGUUACGGACUGUAAACGUGAAGGAGUGAUGGAAUACAACAAAGGAUCGUGUGAACCUAAAAUCCCAGAUAAAAUUUUUGAAAGACCAAUACCUUGUCACAAGAGCCCAUGUGAAUCAAGGGUUACAAAUAAUAAUGGUCCACGUGCAAAAGAGUAUACAGGAGAACCGCAUGAAGAAAAUAGUACUAUAGGUAAUUAUAAAGGGACAAGUGAACAUAAAAGACCAUGUGUAGCCACUGUUACUGAUUCUAAUUUUGAGGGAGCAGUAGGACAAGAGCAAGAUAACUACCAGCCUCUCAUGACAUACACAUUUGAAGCUCCAAUAUUGGCCCUUGAUUACAGAGAGGAAUUUAGUGCAUCAAAAAGCAACUUUACAAAGGGUUGUAAAUGGGCACCAGAUGGCUCUUGUCUGCUGGUUGGGAGUGAUGACCGCAAACUACGCCUUCUGAAUCUACCGACACCAAUUGUGCAGGGAGAGUUUCAGAGUGAAUCUUGGUUUAUGGGAGAAUCUGAAAAGUAUGCAAGAGCUGCCAUUACCGUACAGGAAAACGAACUGAUAUACGAUUAUGCAUGGUUUCCACUUAUGCAGUCAAGUGAUCCUCGCACCUGCUGUUUUGCAGUGACAUGUCGAGAUCACCCAGUACACUUAUGGGAUGCUUGGGAUGGUCAGCUCAUCUGCAGUUACCAUUCAUAUGAUCACCUUGAUCAACUGGUAGGAGCUUACAGCAUUGGGUUUAAUCAGGAAGGAUCCCACCUUCUCUGUGGCUUCAAAAAGUGCAUUCGUGUUUUUCACACUAGUCGUCCAGGAAGAUACUUUGAAACCAUAGAUUCAAAAGGUCAGCCGGGUAUAAUCUCAUGCAUGGCCUUUAACCCACAGCUGCCAUGUGUGUUUGCUGCAGGCAGUUACCUAGGCACUUUAGGUCUCUACAAUCUUCAAAGUAAUAACUUGUUCUGCCGAAUGGAGGGUUGCCUAGGUGGGGUAACCCACGUUCAGUUUUCUUCAGAUGGUACAAAACUGUUUUCUGGAACCCGAAAGAAUAAUGAAAUUCUUUGCUGGGACAUUAGAAAUCUUGGAACAAUAUUGUGUGGAUAUAAACGAGAAGUUUCUACUAAUCAAAGAAUUUACUUCGACUUGGAACCACAACUGAAUAGAUUUCUUAUAUCAGGAGAUACUAAGGGGCAAGUGUUAAAGUGGGAUUUGAGCCACAAUAAUGAAGGCACUUCAGCAAAGGAAGAUAUACCUCUUUUAAUGCCUUCAUCAUCAUUUACUGCUCAUAAAGACUGUACUAAUGGAGUAAGCAUACAUCCUUACUGUCCUAUUGUAGCAACCAGCUCUGGGCAACGACACUUUCCAGAGCCAAUAUCAGAAUGUGAUUCAGAUUCCAGUUAUGAAGAUGAUGCAAUGAAGCCAUUGUUUACCAGGCAAAAAAUAAAAGAAUGCUCAGUCAAGCUGUGGUGGCUUGGAGGGUAAUUGUUGUGGCAAGGAUGUCCUCCCAAACUUGCAUGCUGACUCUUGAGAGUAGCACACUUGAAAUUUAUUUACAAGUAUCUUUUUAGAUACAGUAUUAGGCUUAAAUUUUUGACAGUAAUGCUUAUUCUCUCUUGAAUGUACAAUAUUAUAGUUUAAAUCACAUGUUGAAAAUAAUAGUACAGUAUUCUAUAGCUGUUUUUAUGUUACUUAACUAUGACCUUGAGUUUCAUAAGCCACAGUGGUUUACAUGA